AUGUCAUUGACCGACGACCAAGUAUCCGCCGAACUUCGUAAGAUGAAGGCCUUCAUCGAGAAGGAAGCUCAAGAAAAGGCCAAGGAAAUCAAGUUGAAGGCCGACGAAGAGUACGAAAUCGAAAAGGCCUCUAUCGUGAGAUCUGAAACCGCCGUCAUUGACUCCACCUACGAGCAAAAAUUGAAGAAGGCAUCUUUGGCUCAGCAAAUCACCAAGUCCACUAUCGGUAACAAGACCAGAUUGAGAAUCUUGGGUACCAAGGAAGAGGUGUUGAACGAAAUUUUCGAAGCUGCCGAAGAGGAAUUGAAGAAGAUCUCAGCCAAGAAGGACCAAUACAAACCUAUUUUAGCCGGUUUGAUCGAAGAAGGUGUGUUGGCCUUGUUAGAAGAGAAGGUGGUUGUCAGGGUUAGAAAGGUUGACGUAGAAGUUGCCAAGGAAGCCGCAGAAGAGGCAGCCAAGGCCUUCGAAGAGAAGUCCAAGUUCAAGGUUGAAAUCACCAUUGAUGAAGAAGAUUUCUUGGGCAAGGACAUUGCGGGAGGUGCCGUUAUUGCCAACGGAACUGGAAAGAUCGAAGUCAAUAACACUUUGGAAGAAAGAUUAAAGUUAUUGUCCGAAGAAGCCUUACCAGGUUUGAGAUUGGAAUUGUUCGGUAUUUCCCCAACCAGAAAGUUCUUUGAUUAA